UAGGAAGCACAAGGCAGCACGAAAAUGCCAUCAGCUGUACCUAUGAAUCCCCGGCGUCGAAUGCAUACCCGGCUGUAGGUCACUCGAUAUAGCCCGUUUUAUCUCCUUACUUGAGUGUGCAUACAUGCUCGAGUUACCAUGCGCCGGAGCGAUACCCAACCGAUUCGUGCCGUCAUCCGUUCUCGAAGCCCGAGACGAACUUAUUAGCCGUUCGGCCGGCUACCAAGAUAAGUACCCGUAUAGACAUGUAUAUGUAGGGCAGGCAUCGGCGUGCUACGGUUCCCUCCCACUCUCUAAGCGACUGUACCCGCAUCUUGGUUUCCUCCAUCACCUCCGAGCGCCGGCCGUUACGUCGACAUGGAUUUCAGCCGGUGGGGACAGCCCAGCGGCGAGUGGCUCGCUUUCGCGGCGGCCAAUCCCGCCGUCUUGGCCAACAGCGACGACGUCCCGCCCCUGACGCUGCAGAAGAUCGCCAACGGGAUGCGCUCCGCCGUAGCCGGGAACCUGUCCCGGGCUACCGGCCUCAGCCAGCUCGUUGCGAAGCGCGACUACGUCGUACCGACCCGCGACGGCCAGUCCAUCACCGUGCGCUGCUACCGGCCGGUCUUGCUCAAGGACCGGCCGCUUCCCGGAUACGUGUACUUCCACGGAGGGGGUUUUAUCUUCGGCAGCCUCGACACGGAGCUCUUCAAUUGCUCGUGGCUCGCGUACUCGCUCUCGAUCGCCAUCGUGCACGUGUGCUACCGGCCGACGCCGCAGUUCGGGGGGCUGACGGCGUGGCACGACGCGCUCGACGGCUUCGAGUGGAUCGCCACGCACGGCGGGACGCUGGGCAUCGACGUGUCGCCGGGGCUCGUGGUGGGCGGGAUCUCGGCGGGCGGGUCGCUGACGGCGUGCGUGGUGCAGAGCGAGCUGCGGCGGGCGCGCGACGGCGGCGCCCCCUCGCGCGUCCGGGGCCAGGUCCUGGGCAUCCCGAACCUGAUCCACGGCGACGCGUUCCCGUACGAGCUCUUCGCGGACCGCGAGAAGACGUCGAUGGAGCAGUGCGCCGACGCCGCCGUCAUAACGAAGGACCGCAUGCGCCUGUUCCGCGACCUGCUCGGCCGCGACUUUGACCCGGCCAACCGCACCUGGAGCCCCGGGCUCGCCAGCGAGGACGAGCUCCGCGGCGCGCCCAAGACCGCUUUCCUGAUCGCUGGCUGGGAUCCGCUUCGAGACGAGGGGCUGCUGUACGCGCAGAAGUUGAAGAAUGCUGGGGUCCGGACCAAAGUGCACAUUUUCCCCGGGCUGCCCCACGCGUUCAACGCCUUCACACAGCUGCCCUCCCACCUACGCUGGAACGAGGUCUUGCUCGAUUGUGUGCGCUGGGCGGCGGCUGACGAGGACGGGUGGAUCGUUGAAGUCCCCCCCAUGCUGCCGUCAGCCACCGGAGCCGCCGGGGCUGCCCAGAGUCUGCCAGAGUCGGCAACUGCUGAUGCCUCAAAGAUUGCAAACAGCCUCUAGUCGGCUGGCUCUACCUCGCGGGUCAACCAUCACCCAUCAGGCACCGAACACGAGAGAUUAUGCCAUGGACCACAUCGUUCCUGCUCAAGUGUUGGG